GCAGGAAGUAAUUGCUACAAACUGUCAACAGGCCAACACAGUAGCAGUCGCCGCGCUUGAUUCUGUCCCCUUAUUUAUAUUAAUGUAAAUUUAAACAUAUUUAUGUGACAGUGAUGUCUCGAAAGGCCAAAACAGAGGAAUAUCACCGCUUCUUCACCGUGACAGAUCCACGUACACACGAGAAAGGACACACGGAAUAUAAAGUAACAGCAAGGUUUGUAUCAAAGACACAGCCGGAGAAUGUUAAAGAGGUUGUGGUGUGGAAGAGGUACUCGGAGCUGAAGAAAUUACAUGGAGAGCUGGCGUACACUCAUAGGAACCUGUUCAGACGACUAGAAGAGUUUCCCUCUUUUCCACGAGCACAGGUUUUCGGGCGUUUCGACGAGACUGUGAUUGAAGAGAGGAGGAAAGCAGCUGAGGCCAUGCUGCUCUUCACUACAAAUAUCCCUGCUCUGUACAACAGCCCUCAACUCAAAGACUUCUUCAGGGGAGCAGAAGUGAGAAGACCAAUGGAGACGGCUGCCGUUUCUCCGUCUCUUCCGCCUCCUCUUAUUCCCCUGCCUGAGAGAAACCCUGAGCUGCUGGCUGAAGAGGAGACGGGGAGAGAGGCUCAUAUCCAGCCUCAGGAGCUGGAGUCCGACCAAAGACUGACAGAUCUAACCCUACCUGAGUUGGCAGUUGAGGCUCUCAGUGACACGGAGAGCAGCCCCACACAAGAAACACACGCCGAAACGGAAAUACAAGGACUGACAGAAAAAGAGAGAGAGACUGACAACACAACACAUCAGAAUAACGGCACAGACCAAUGCUCUGCUGCUACCACCGACACUACAACACAAGCCUCGCUUGAAAUUCCGGGUUCCCCAGUCGACCAAUCAGAAGAGUUUGAUUCACUGUUUGACUCUGGAUUGGACGAACAUUCAUACAAGGCCCCGCCUCCGCUUUCAGAUACAGACCUCGCUAUUUUUGACCCAUGUGCCAAAGAAGAUCAACCGUACGGAUCACCCAGCCACGCUGAACUCCUGUCCGUUCCUCUAACCGUUCCUGAUGGGACGGAGUCUGCUGGAGAUGUGAGCUAUGUGUACCAGGCCAGUGAAGAGCUGAAGGCCGCCCUGGAAAAAGAGAGAGACGGCGAAUACAGUGCAGCAGUACAACAAUACCGGAUGGCUGUUGAUAUAUUUAUGAAAGGAGUGCAAGGAGAUGUAGAUUUGAAGAGGAGAGAAGCAGUGAAGAGGAAGAUUGCUGAAAUCCUAGAGCAUGCAGAGAGACUUCUCUCCAUACAGACUCCCACUCACGACCACGAUACAUAGAGAAACAGUUUCAACACACACACACACACACACACACACACACAUACAAACUCAACCUUCAUCAAACCUGGGACACCCAAGCACACUCCCACAUACGUACUCUCAUCAACUGAGUUUUGACUAACACACACAUAUUGAAACACUUAAAUGCAACUCGCUGGCCACCCACACAGACAACACACACACACACACACACACACACACACACACACACACACACACUUGACUCCCACACUUACUAUCCCGCUUACUCAAAUAGUUACACUUGUAGGAUAUGUCUAACAGCAUUAUACUCCCUGCACUGUAAGACCACCACAACAGAUUUUUACUUGAUUUGACACUAUUUUAUCUUUAAUCUGAUACAUUUUCUGAGCCUAAGGAACUAGAAAUGUUUUUUUUUUUAUCCAGCUGUUGAUCUGUUGUGUAAAUGAAGCUGUUAUGUAAAUGACUGUUGUUUAAAUGAAGACAUUGCCUUUUCAAUGAAAUAUGCCUGUUUUGUAAAUUAUAAGUAAUUUAAUAAAUAAAUUAUUAUCAACAUGAAA